AUGGUCCGCACCAUGCUGGAAUCCCUGGUGUCUGACAAAGGAGGCAAAAAAGUAAUGCGCAAGGAGCUGGAGAAAGAGACAGUGGAGAUGAUUGAGACAUUCUUGAAGAACUCUUUCUUCUUUGAACAGCUGCUUCAUUUCAAUGAAGUUUUAAGGGAGUGUUGUGACCUUUCCCAGCUUUGGUUCAGAGAGUUCUAUCUGGAGUUGACAAUGGGGGCCAGAAUUCAGUUUCCUAUUGAGAUGUCGCUGCCGUGGAUCUUGACAAAUCACAUUCUAGAGAGCAAGAAUCCCAGCAUGAUGGAGUAUGUCUUGUAUCCCUUGGAUCUUUAUAAUGACAGCGCUCAUUAUGCCCUGACUGUUUUCAAGAAACAGUUUCUGUAUGAUGAAAUUGAAGCUGAGGUAAACCUUUGUUUUGACCAGUUCGUGUACAAGCUCAGUGAUCAGAUUUUUUCUUACUACAAGGCACAGGCUUGCAGUAUGUUGCUGGACAAGAAGUUCAAAUCUGAGCAGGUCCGUUUGGGUGUCGAGGCCGCGGCGAAGCUAGGCACUCGCUCCAAUAGAUACGAGACUCUUCUGAAACAAAGACAUGUGCAGCUUUUAGGCCGUUCUAUCGACUUGAACAAACUGAUCACUCAGCGUCUCAAUAACUCCAUGAUACGGUCCUUGGAUUGCGCUAUUGGUCGGUUCGAGAGCGGAGAUAUCUGUGGUGUUGUGGACUUGGAGAACUUACUCGACGUAAACCGAAUGACGCACCAGUUGCUGUCCAAGUGCGUGAAGCUGAUUCCAUUCAAGAACAUCCUGGGCGAGGCGAAUCACUCCGUGUCCGCUCCUUAUGGCAGGAUCACUCUUCAUGUGUUCUGGGAACUCAAUUUCGACUUCCUUCCAAACUACUGCUACAACUCAUCCACAAACAGAUUUAUUCGCACAACUCUUUCUUAUGUGGACAAAGUUUCCAGAGAACAAGCCCCAAAGCAAGCGUAUCAUUAUUUCUUCGGUACAAAGCUUCAAAACUCCGUGUUUAACGCCAUCGCGUCACUGUACAGUAACUUUGUCGGUGACAUUCAUUUUGCUUGCAUUGCUCGCUUGCUUGGUUACCAGGGAAUUGCUGUGGUGAUCGAGGAACUCCUGAAGAUCAUUAAGAGUGUGCUCCUCGGUCAGCUUCAGCCAUACAUCGCCCAGCUCAUUGAAGGAAUGCCUAAGAAAUGUGGCCUUCCUCGCUUUGAGUACGGAUCCACAGGUGUCCUUGAAUACUAUCACGCUAGCCUUGAACCGAUCAUGCAGUACCCGUACCUGAGGACAGACGUGUUUCAGGGAUUCAGAGAGAUCGGUAACGCCAUUCUCUUCUGUCUACAACUGGAGGGCUUCUUGUCUCAAGAAGAGAUUAUGGAUCUGCUGCACGCUGCACCAUUCCAAGGAAUUAUUCCCAGACCUUACCUUAAAGAUGGAGAAAAGCUGGAGAACAAAAUGAAGAAACUAGAGACGCAGUACAAUUCUCUGCAAGUUUUGUCAACCAUCACCAAGCUUGGAACUAAAGAGCAAAUAGUCAAUGCUGGAGAAGGCGAUCUGUUGACGAAAGAGAGGCUCUGCUGCGGACUGUCCAUCUUUGAGGUGGUACUCAAAAAGAUUAAGAUGUUCUUGACCCAUGAGAUGUGGAAAGAACAGCCACCUGCUAACGGUGUCAUGAACAUUGACGAGUGCAAAGAGUUUCACCGUCUGUGGAGUGCGAUUCAGUUCAACUACUGUCAGCCACUGAGACAAAACGAGCUCACCGUCGAGGAGUGCUUUGGUGAAGGUCUCAACUGGGCCGGAUGUACGCUCAUUGCUUUGCUGGGGCAAGAAAAUCGUUUUGAAGCGUUAGACUUCUGUUAUCAUAUCGUCAAAGUGUACGCCGUGGAUUCUCGAGACGAAGUUGUCGGUGGCGUGGACCUCAAGCGACUUGUAAGCAGAGCUCGUCACUUCAGAGUAUUGAAUGACCAGAUCUUCGCCGUGUUAAACAAGCACCUCAAGUCCUCGGACGGACCUGUGGAACAUGUACGCUGCUUUCAGCCGCCCAUCCACCAAGCAUUUGUUUCUCCAAUCUGAUCAUGCUGGCCAGUGCGCCUCGCUUCGAAAUAUACUGCAUGGCUCGUAUGCAAAGUAGUCAGUGUAAAAACAAAUGUAAAGAAAAUUUUGGUGGCGUUGUACGAAAGACUUCUUUCCUUAAUGAAAUUUAGGUGGGUAAUUGGGAAUAGCAGGGCUGCAAAUAUAUUUUUUUUCUCGUGAAGGGACAUGUCCUACAGACACCAUCUUGGUCGGACAAAACAAAUUGUGGUCGGACAUCACCAAAAAAGUAAGAUUUACUCAGGGUAGAUUUUUAUUCAUCCUUAUCGUAAAACGAUUUACGAUAAAAAAUUUGUCCGGACAUCAUGUCCGACCACAGUUGGGAUUUCGUUGGACACAAACAAAUUUUGGUCGGCCAAUGUCCGAUGACAGACUGUUAUUUGCAGCCCUGGAAUAGGAGCCGUAUUUUGUAAGUGCGUUUUUUUUUCCUUUAAACACGCACUGUCACCUGUAGAAAAGACAGAACAACAAGGUGUCAAAAGUUGUUCAUGCCAUUGUCCAGUUUCUGUUCUCCAGUUCUCGUAAGCCUUACCGCCUUCCAAACUAAACCCAGUCAAACCCAGGAGUCAGUUAACGAGAUUUUAGAUGAAAACAAAACAAAACAAAAAGAAAAAGGAUAUGUCCGUAGUUUCAGUUGGAUGUAGUGACAAAUAUUAUAAUUUUUUUAAAUAAUUAUUGUCUUUAUAGCAAAAGAACAGAAAGACGGGUAUUAGUAGUUGAGAUGUAUCAAUGUAUAUAAAAUUGCCUAGUAUUUUAUUUGUAUUCUUUGUAAUAAAAUUGUCAGUUAUCUUU